GCUAUAGAUGACGUAACAACAGAUCAUCUCUAGAUAUGAAAAUCGAUAUCACCAAAGCUCGCAAGAGCAGUCUGGAGGUGCCUCCAGACUGUAAGGAGCUAAUCGAUCGCCUGCUGAGUUGCACUUGGUCCGAAGUUCUGAUCGAACUAAGAAGGAUCGAUACAUGGACGUACGGAAAAUGCGAACUUUUCCAUUGGGUCAAAGUGCUCGAUUAUUUCGAUAACAUCUUGGAGUCGGCGGUGAUGCAAGAUGGCAACAUCCACACCUCGAACCCAGAUGGCAUUCCUGAAAACUGGCACUUAAAACUUGACAACCCAGAAAAUGAUGAGCUGAAAGAACUCGUUAUUUGGGUACUGCAUUUCACGACACUGCUUAUUGAACACUCAUCUUCCCGGCAUAUGUACAAUUCAGUUGAACAUCUUCUCGUACUGCUAUCGUCAUGCAAUCUCGACGUUGUGUUAGCUGUACUCAACCUGCUCUACAUGUUUUCCAAGAGAAGCAACUUCAUUCUGCGUCUGAAACCAAUUAUGAGAGACUCACUUCUCAAGUACCUUACCUAUCUUGCGGAGAGUUGGGGAGGUCGCGAAAAUGGCUUUGGUCUGGCAGACUGUUGCCGUGACAAUCCUACACAUUUCCCGCCGACCGCAACAACUCUUCACUAUGAAUUUUAUUCAGAACAAGUGAACCACAAUCAAGCUUCUUGUAUCCACUUAGAAAACGUGGAUAAAAUCAAUCCCAGUCCUGCCGAAAUUAUGAACUCACUUCUGGGUGCUUGGAAAGUUCCCAUGGAUGGCCAGGUCUCUCUUUUCACUCACUUGAGACUGGCUCACGCUUUCUCGAACUACCAAUUGCGUCUGAAAUGUGUGCAAGCAAGGUUGCAAUCGUUGUCGAUCCUGCUUUACAACCACUCAUUCAUUGAAAUUCACAAACUUCUAUAUUCUGGCCUCCUGGAAGAGCUAGUUGAGUUGCUGCAACUCGACGAUCCAAAUCUGAUCGAGAUAAAGGCCGCUGCUCUCAGAACUUUGACAUCGAUCAUUCAUCUCGAUAGGAAUCCUCGAUCACCGGUGAAAUCUGGAUCCCGGAUGAACAUGAUAAUCGAAGUGACUGGGGCUGGAAUGUACCACGGAUUCCUCCCUCAAAUGGUGCGUAACUGCAUUGGGUCCCUGACUGGAGUCACGACAAGUCAGCAUGUGCCACUACCAUUGGCCACAGCGCUGUUCAGUUUCCUGUACCAUCUGUCCAGCUAUGAUCAGGGCAGCGAGGCUCUCGUCAAUUGUGUCAUGAUGGAGUCCUUGUUGAGAAUCGUCAACUGGCCCGGAAAUGAGUUGGAGCACAUCACUUUUGCAAAUCGCGCUGUUCGAGUGAUUAACCUUAUUACCAAUAUGGAUAUGCAAGCAUUCAUCACCCACGGGGGAAUGAAAAGUUUCAUCGACAGAUUGGCGAUGGAAGUGACAAUCUGCAGAGAGGAACAGCCGUUUGAAAUAACGCUGGCUGAAGCUCAACUGGAUGAAGAAAUGAAUCGUAUCAAUGUUGACUCGGAUUCAUCCUCACACAGCCAGCCAAGCUGUUCUAAUGCUCCCCCACCUGAACCGAGAGAGCAGCGUGGAAGAGGCGGCACCAUAAGAACUUGUCUCACUCAACGCGCGGCUUUGCUCAAGUCCAUGCUGAACUUUAUGAAGAAGGUUCUUAAGGAUGCCACGAUUCACGACACGAUCCGCAACGUGAUGGAUGGAACUCUUCCGUCGUCUUUGAAACACGUCAUUAGCAAUGCUGAAUAUUACGGACCUGCCCUGUUUCUAUUGGCCACUGAUGUUGUGGUAAACUACAUAUUCCAAGAGCCCGCUCUGCUCACGGCACUGCAAGAAAACGGCCUAACCGAUGUCGUUCUACAUGCCCUACUGGUCAAAGAUGUACCAGCAACACGCGAAGUACUGGCAUCUCUUCCUAAUGUGUUCAGCGCGUUGUGCCUAAACACCAGAGGUCUAAAUACGUUCAUACAAUACCGUCCAUUCGACAAACUGUUCAAAGCGCUGAUAUCUCCCGUGUACUUGUCAGCCAUGCGGAAUCGCCGCUCAGUCAACACGGGUGACACCGCCACUAAUCUUGGAAGUGCAAUGGAUGAGUUGAUGCGCCAUCAACCAAGUCUUAAAGUCGAAUCUAUUAAAGCCAUCAUAAGACUGCUGGAAGCACUGUGUAAGCUGGGUAGAGAUCCGCGCUACGUCUGCUGGCGAGCGCUGAAGGGCGAAACUGCGGUUCCAUCUGCAGCCCAGCUGGUUCGCGUGUCAGGAGGAGCUGCGGGCUCAGGCGCAGUUGAGGCGGGAGGAGGAGGAGACGACAGUAGCGAAGAGGAGGACGAUGAUGAGGAGGAAGCCUCCAAUUCAACUCACGUUCACGUCACUUCCAGACAUGAUGUCACGCCGCAUGAGACAACCAAUGACAACGUGCUCAAUGCCAACGACAGAACACCCAUCGCUCUUAUCGACUACAUUUCCAAUGUUAUGAAAUUCAUCGAUGCAAUCUUGAGCAACAACUCGACUGACGAUCACUGUGUAGAAUUCAUAAAUCAGGGUGGACUUGUUCCUCUUCUAACAGUUUUGGGCUUGCCAAACCUCCCUGUUGAUUAUCCGUCUACAAUUAUCGCUUCACAAUCUGUGGCGACUGUUUGCAAAUCAAUUAUGAAUUUACUACGCCACUCUGUUGUGAUGGAAGUGGCACUGGGGCAGUUGUCGGAAAUACUCGACACGCUGGCUCCACUCAUCGAACCACGAACAUCGUUGGAUGGCUCACUCCUUUUGCGCGAGUUGGCAAACGCGCCGAAUGUGGACGAAGCCAUCAUGACCCCAUCGGCAACACCGCUUCUGCACGCGAUUUCAGCCGUCAAUAGCUACGUGAUCAUGUUGGUGAGCGUUUGUCGCACGGCGCAGGUUGAAUCACGCAACAACGCUCUUAUCAAAUGGGGUACCGAAUUAGGAGAAAAAGUGCUAAACAAGCUGUGCUUGCUCUAUUCAUCCUCGCUUUGGGAGAGCACCACUCUGCUGGCGCUCUGUAGUGACGAUCCUCUCCAUCCAUGCAGGUUCAAUUAUCGUGAUAUCGAUAAACUCUACACCGAAGACAUUAUUGAAGAAAGAAAUCGAAUGGAAGUGGAUGAGCCAGGUUUUAAUAGGAUGCGCCUCUUACCUGGCAGGAAAAUACCUUCCGUAAUCCAAUGCAAAUUUAUCAAACCGAUUCUGGGCACAACGUCACGCCUCGGCAGAGGCCUAGCAGAACUUUUGGGACUACUUGUCAAGUUAUGUGUUGGAGCUCCUUUGAGAGGAGUAGUAAGGCGCGGACCUCAGGGUCAAGUUCUUCCUAAUCCCAAUAGUGUGAUGGAGUCCGCAUCUCGAGUCGGCCAAAGAAUAGUACAGCUUCUCAUAACGGGAAUGUUGCCUGAAUCCUUGCCAAGAUCCCCUAUUCCCAAAUACAACCUGACGUAUUUGAUAUGUUCGUUCGGAUUUUCCACCCCAUUGCUUUUUGACGACAAAAAGUUACCUUACCAUUUCAUGUUGGAAAGAUUUAUGAGCUCCACUGGUCACAAUGGUCUAUUCAGAGUCUUCUUAUGGGCGUUGAACCAGUCUUUAUUGAGAUGGGAGAGUGCCAAGCUUUCAGCAACAAGGUCUGCUAAUCCGCUUGAAGACAGGACUGAACUGCCACUCGUACCGGAGGGAACCGAUGAGUUCUUGGAUUCAUGGUUGAUCUUUGUUGAGAAGCUGAUCAACCAGAAAACCGUUCUGGAUUCAGCUCACGCGUCUGGGCAAGAGCCUUUCACCUACUAUGUUCUGCAUCUGAAGCAAAUGCAAAAAAUGACGUUCCUAGCCAUCAUGAAGUUGUGGGGCAGACGUUUCGGACCUGUUGCCACUGGAUGGGGCUUCUGGCCCCGGAUCGUGGAAUCGAUGUUGACAAUCUUGAAAAUCAUCAUAUGCGGUGAAAAGCUCUUGAGAGACCUGCCAUGUGAUGAGAGAAAAGGUGGUAAGACGGACGCAACGGCCAAGGGCCAAGAAGGGCCAAGCAGCACUCGAGAAACGCCUGAGGAGCGAAGGAGACGUGUGGACAACCAACAACAGGUGAACGUUUCACAUUUGCAGCAACUCGUUGACAUGGGCUUUCUUCGUGAUCAUUGCUAUGAGGCUCUUAUUUUAACCUCAACUAUGCAACAUGCAACUGACUAUCUUCUUAAUAAUUUUUUCCCCUACAGCGCAAGAAGCUCCCAGCAACCGUCAAUGGAUACUGAAGAUGGAGCUUACUUCAGCUCAGCUAUCUCGCUGGAUGACCAAGCAGAGAGUUGUGGUACAUCUGCUCCAAAUCGCAUGAUACCAAACUGGGAGCGCAUAACAGAACUUGAGUCUGCUGAUGAUAUGCAGACCUUGAUAGACAACUUUCGUUUUAACCUUGUGGAGACCUGCGUUGGUAUGUUGGAGGACAUCCCAGACUAUGCUCAGAACGACAUAAUUUACCACUCUGCCCAGCUGAUCAAGGUUAACGUGCUGCGUAAUGGCGAGGAGUACACUAAAAGUAUUCUCGAAUCUCUCAGCAACAUUAUAAAUACAAGAGUUACAAACCUUAUUGAGCAAAUGAACAUGGGGGACUCAGAAUGCAUCUUCCAGAUGCAUUUCAGCGCGCCGGAUUCCUUGCACGUAUAUUCAGUGAUUGCUCUGUACAAACUGAUCUUCCAGGAGAUCAAACAGCCGUGUGCGGAGAUUGCACACUCAAGUCAUAUGAUAGACAACCUUGUCAAACUUCUAUGCCGAGGGACUGAGGUGAUGGCAAAAUAUAAGCACAUGACCACACCAAGGUGGAUGGCAUCCAUUUUGCAACUCCUCGAUUUGAUGGAGAAGGUCUCUUUGACCACCAGACGCAAAAGCACAAUGCACGACUUAACUGUCGAUGAAUGGAAAUGGUUUGAUCCGGGCUCUGGCAGAUGGAACUGCUACCAAGGCCAGUACAAUAAAGCUGUAGACUCGGCUUAUUGGGCAGGCAGAAAAUUCUGUAAAUUCCUCCAUAAUCGACGUAACUACACGAUGGUGUUCAGAAACAUGAUGCAGGUGAGACACUCUAAGACAAAUGAAGAGACGGGCAAGACUCGUCCCAUAAUGAGAAGUUACAUAACACCCGAAAACGCACACAAGCAGAAGAAACAUGAGCCCUCUAUAGACGACGUUAAUGGACCAAUCUUGUUUGUUGGUGGGCCAAGGCAACUUGAAUCCUUCGACGAUUGCUUUUUUGCACACCUGGGCAACACAAAACCCGUCGAGGGCAUUCCCGAGAGGCACAUCCCAACUGCGGCAGUGACCCUUCUGAAAUGUACCGACAACAAAGAAACUAUUCAGGCGGCACUGGUGUUGUGCGUCCGCUUCUCACGCGAAUUCAAAUUCGCACAAUUUGUCGCCGAAAAUGAUGUGGUCAAGACUCUACUAAGUCUCAAAAGUGCAACGCCAUUUAUUGGCUUUGAAACCCUGGCGACAAUACUCAUUCGACACAUUUUGGAAGAACCAGCAACAUUGGAAGUUGCUUUCGAGAAGGUGUUGAGAGCAAAGACUCUGCCAAAUAUCCCGCCAUCGUACAAGGAACUGAAUUUCAUCCUACGUGAGUGCAGUGCGGCUGUAUGUCGUGACAUGCACGCUUUCAAGAAAGUGUCCGAAAACAUUUUGCGUGUCGAUCUCGCAGCCUGUGCAAGGAAAGCUGCGGAUCCCGAAGAGGUGCGCUUUCUAAUGAAAUCCAUACAGACUAACACAAAUAAGAGAAAGAAGAAGCCUUUGAAUAGGGAGGUCGAUGACAGUACCAGAAGGACUGUUUAUGAUUUGCUCAAUGCUCUCGUGGUUGAGAUUGAAGAAAAAGAUCCAGAUGAACCAGCGCCAUCUGGGGCCCCAACAUCUCCCAACGAACGUACAUUUGCAAAUUUGAAUUCAGCGGCGGAGCACAGCCAUCAUCAGCGCCAUAUGAUGAACCACUUAGCAAAUAUCGUGAACGGCUUUGAUGUACAUGACCACCACAUCCAUAUACCUCUGCCGACUAGCAACCAGAUUGAAGAUCUCGCUCAAAUGACUGGCCGAAAGAAGAACAAAGUUCCACUGAUAUCCAAGUCAUGUAUUCUGAAAAUCCUGAGCGAUGCUGUGCGCUCAUACAACACUAUUGCAUUGUUGAUUACGGAGUAUAGUUAUUCCGGAAAUAAAAACUCUGCUGUUAAAGAGGAUUGUACGGCAAUUGCCUACAUACUCGACAACUUGAUGAUGCAAGAAGAGGGAAUGACCGAUACUGAACGCCCCAACCUGGCCAGAGGACUCAUAGCAGCCGUGGCCUCCUGCAACCACUCUCCAGAUGCUCAAAUGACUCUGGUUAAUGAGGUGAAAUCCGCUCUGAACAGGGCAUUGGCAAUGAAAGAAAGUGCCAGAAAGCAUCAGCAUGUAGUUGAUUUGGUGGGAAUCGUGACAAUUAUGAUUGAAAAUUGUCCCCCGGUUCCACUCAACAGCACACCGUUGAGUUCAUCGAUGAAGCUGAGCCAAUACAGCGUGAAUAAUAUGGUGCGCUUCAUGAUGAAGAAAAAUAUCGUAAUAGACCUGGCACGAAUUUCGCACACACUGGAUUUGUCCAGUCCUAAGUUGUCAGCCACAAUAAACGCCGCUCUGAAGCCGCUUGAGACACUUUCCCGCAUCAUGAGCUGUCCGCCGUCCAAUCAGAAUACGAAUCGCGUCAAGACCCGACAAGCGACCGCUGAGGCCGCUGCAGCCGCGAGGGACCAACCAGGCACAAGCACUUCAGAGAGUACUAACGCUCAAGGCGAAGACGCCGUGGAAGACACCACAGACAACACAGAUCAUGACAUGUCCAUGUCGGGCCCAGGGGAUGAAGAAAACAUGGAUCAUCGCAGUGCAAUGCGAUCCGAACUUGAGGAUCUGAUCGAAAGAGUCCACAAUGAUUUGGCAUCUGACUCGCCAAUGAUUGACGACAAUGAAGACGAAGACGCUAAUGACGGCAAUGAUGGGAAUGCCGACUACGAUGAUAACUCCUACGAUAGAGAGGAAGGAGAUAAUGGAGAGGACAAUGCGCCGCGACGCAACCGUGGCCAAAUGGGUAAUAGCAGUGGGGAGGACUCUGAUUCGGAUCCAGAGGAUUCGGAUGACCGGGUCGCGGCUCGCCGAAUGGACAUAAAUGAUGAUGAUGAUGAGUCGGCCCGACCAGGUGAUGAUGAAAUCGACGACGAUGAUGAACAGGAGGAGGAGGAAGUAGAGGAAGAGGAGGAGGAGGAAGAAGAAGAGGAGGAGGAGGAAGACGACGAUGAAGAUGAUGACGAUGGUGAUCAUUAUGAUAAUGAAACGUUUGAGAUGUUUGAUACUGAGGAUGGAAUUUUACACAUACCUGGUUUAGAUCACGAAUCCGAUGAUUUCCUGAUGAUCGAAUUUUCUGAACCAAUUGAUCACUCUUCUCCGUUAAUGCCUGGGACAGGUCCCGCGUUCUCGUUUCCAUCCAGUCUUUUAGAUGAGGCGACACAUGAAAAUUCAAAUGGUCGAAUGCCUCCCUUCCAUCCGUUCCUAAUGACACGGCCAAAUGUGCUGGGCGGAGAUGGAAACCACCGUGGACAGCGUGGAAUGACCUCCCGCAUCAGACGUCAUCCGAUGGACAACCAUCCGGCCGAGAGACUGCCCUACAUCGGUGCACCCGUUCCCCAUCAUGGCCACGGACAUGGACUCUUGCACGGUCACGGAUUGAUCCAUAACGCCGACAUUGUCACGGCAACUCUUAGCAACAACACACGAGUCGUUGUGAUGGACAAUGGUCUCGGCAUUUUCACAAACACUGAAGAAGAACAGAUCAGCUAUGUGGACCAAUCAGGUUACCUUUCUGGGCCUAGUCUUGCUGCUACUUUGAACAAUGUGCCAACCUCCAUGCACUGGUGGAAUGAAGAGUCCAAACUGCUUGACGGAGACUCCGAGGCAGAUGCCGCCACUGUUGUUGGAUACGAUAUUACAGAUGUAGUGCUGAAAUAUCGCGCUGAGGAUAUGGCCAAAUGUAAAGAAAACAUGAAAAAAUACGUUGAACAAAAGCGAAAGAAAAGAGGAGAAGAUAAAAAAGCAAGCUCCUCCUCGAGUCAUAACGACCAUUCUAGAGUCUCUUCAAUGGAUAUUUUCGAACCGUCAUCGGCCGGCCCUGUGGCUGAGACAAGACGGCCUAGCGCAAGUGCGAGCGCAAGCUCUGGAUCUGCAGGUCCAAGCAGAGUAAUCGAUCAUGCUCAACUAGCCAGAAACAGAGAUGCUAUCCAUUGCUUGGCAGCCGCAGCCCGGUUUGUCAGCGAAAGGAGUGCGGACAACAUUGUGCACUCGGCCAUCCGCACCUGGCCCAGGCCCAACGACCAGCCCCUGCCUCAGCCCCCAAGCUCGGCUGAACAGCCCUACGGAUCAUACGAGGCUCUGGUCACUUUCGCUCCCAGUUUCGACCAAGACUUACCUUCUGUGGAGAUCAGAACCGACGGAGCAAGAGAUGACGAUGAGUACUCGAUGCCGAGCGUUCACAGCUAUCAGCCGUCGCCCAUCGACUCUUCGGACCCGCCUGAUGAUCCUCCCUCCGAUGAUCCUCCCUCCCAACCAUCAGGCCAAGCUAAUAAUGAUCCUCCCUCCCAACCAUCAAGCCAAGCUAAUAAUGAUCCACUGCAGCCAGCACCUUCGACUCAGCAAUCUUCGCAGAGCUCGGCACCCUCCCUGGCCUCUACUGUCAUUCUUCCACGCACCCGACCGUUGAUAAUGUGCGACCGCAGUCGCGUUAUUCAUUCUACGCCCACUGGCUUCUCUAGAAAUCGGGAGCCUCAGCCACAAGCUUCUACUUCUGCUGCCAAUAAUCAAGCCAAUAACCAAGCCAAUAAUCCUCCUGCUGAAGAUCCAUUCGCCGUUUAUAGCCUCGACUCUGAUCCAGAAGAUACUCCAUCUGAAUCGGACAGGAUCUUCCGUGUGAAUCCGUUCUCACAGAAUGAAGGAAGCUCUAGUCAGAGUCAGAGUGAAAUAAUGUCCUCAUGGCUGGACAAUCAAGACAAUGCACCCAAUACUUCUUCUCAAGAAUCUCAAGAGUUGAGCAGCGGUGGAUCCACACAGCAGCAGCAACUGGAAAGUCAGGCUAGUAGUCAGCUUACUGACAUUCCCGAAGGAGUAGAUCCUUCAUUCUUGGAGGCAUUGCCGGAAGAUAUGAGAGCGGAAGUCAUUCAAGAACACUUGAGAUUGCAACGAAUGAGCGCACGCAGUAGCAAUGGCGCGGGAGAAGCGAGCACCAGCGGUGCAGCAAGUUUGGCCAUUCUGGAAGUGAACGCCGACUUCCUCAACGCUCUGCCUCCAAACAUCCAAGCCGAAGUGCUCGCUCAACAGCGUUUGGAGCAGCAACGCCAAGCGGCCGCUGCAGCCAAUCCCAACGAACCUAUGGAUCCAGCUGCAUUUUUCGAGGAUAUGGAGACGGAUCUUCGCGUAGCGAUCCUCACCGACAUGGAGGAUUCGCAGGUAGCUGUGCUCCCCCCAGAGCUGGCCGCCGAAGCACAGAACUUGCGUCGUGAGGCGGAAUCAAGAAAUCGACAGAUGCAUGGUCGCUUUGUCACACAUGUAACUGGAACCAAUGGCCUGUCUUCUAUUCUGAGAGCUGCGGGACCAAGAGGUGGGUUUUAUCAUUCAACAUUUUCAUUAGCAACACAUUUUCCUAUAAAUAUAUAUGAGCAUAGAGAAAAGAUAGUACAGGAUAUGGAGACGGAUCUUCGCGUAGCGAUCCUCACCGACAUGGAGGAUUCGCAGGUAGCUGUGCUCCCCCCAGAGCUGGCCGCCGAAGCACAGAACUUGCGUCGUGAGGCGGAAUCAAGAAAUCGACAGAUGCAUGGUCGCUUUGUCACACAUGUAACUGGAACCAAUGGCCUGUCUUCUAUUCUGAGAGCUGCGGGACCAAGAGGUCCUCGAGGGGGCGGCCCGCGUUACACGAUCCAGAGUUUACGCGGACAUCAGCAGCACUGGUCAGCAUGGGCAUUGCGCCAACAUGCAACAUACAACAUUCAGCGUACUCAACCCAUCAAGCCCACUGCGCGCACGCGCGGCAGACAAAUCCUGGACUACGAGAGCAUCUGCUGUCUGCUCAUCCUGCUAUUCAUCGACGAUAACAAACUCAACACUGUCAGACUGCAUCGCGUCUUCAGAAAUCUCUGCUAUCACGCACCUACGCGAGACUGGAUCAUAAUGUCGUUGCUUUCGAUAAUGGAGAAGAGCAACGAGGGUGCUGACACAGCUGAGAAACCAAUGAUGGCUGCCACAUCGUCAUCAAAUGCUGCUGCAUCUUCGUCUAACAGACAAAGCAAGCGGAUUGCCGCACGUAACGGCAACUCUAACGACGUACAAUCGACUGCGACACAGCAGCCGCAACCGACACCGCAAUCAGUCAUCACUGCUAAUGCCCUUGCUUGGACACGAAUGGAAUCAGCCAGUACAUGGUUGAAUAUCAGCAUGGACGCUGCCCUCGGAUGUCGGGCCACAGUGUUCCAUGUCAACAAGAUCCCUGGCAGAAGGACAGGCACCAUUACCAUAAAUCAUCAGGCUGCUCCAUUUGUGUACAGACACUGUCUGGACCUGUUGAUCUCGCUGGCCAAGACCUUCCCGGUCUCGUUUGUGCCGAAAGUGCAGGCUACCACCACUAACAGCAGUAGCAGCGACGCAAAUAAGAAGAAGGACGGCACCACCUUCUGGGAAAUUCUAGUCAGACUGGACGCAUCUUUCAACUCGAAGAAAGGCAAGAGCACACCGAAGAACAUGCAGAUCAAGCAGCAAAUCGAGCACACCAGCCUGGACACUGCGCCGUUCGGCCAACUGUUAAGGAUGCUUGCCUCGCCCGUAGUCAACAAGAGCUCGCUGCUCCUCAACAAACUGCUUCGACUCUUGGCAGUUGUCUCGUCUGCCUUGCAGGUGUACAAAGAACCGGAGCAGAUUGCUGGCGAUGGCUUUGGAAUCCUGAGCAAUGACACUUUGCGUCAUGUGUCUGUUGUGGCCGAUGUGCUCACAUCGAUUUGCUGCACCGAGGAGGGCAUUCAGGAUGCCACCGCACUUCUGCUCCACAUGUCCGUUCGACUCAAGCCAAUUAGACAACCGAUCCAAAACAUGUUGCUUGACAGUUGCAAUAGUUUGGCACAGAAAAUCAACGAAGAAAUAAAGACGUUGAUGAAAGAAGUGAUCGCCUACCGGAAAGCCAGCAAGGCGGAGAACGAAGAGAAGAAUGAUGAAACCAAGACCGUCGCAAAAGGAAUAUUGAGCAAUCGAUUUACGAAUGAUACAGUAGUGGUGUCCGCUCCAAAGAGGGUGAAGACCGGUCUCGAUCUUCAACUGUCUGCUAUGGGACCUUUGAUCUCAAAAACAUCCAGCCAAGCCUCCAUGUUGCGUCUUUUGAAAGUCAUUGUCCAAAUCAGAAGUUCAACUCGCGCUUUUGAAACAAGAAAUGCAAAUAAAGACGACGAAGAAAAUGAUGAUGAUGAGGAAGAGGAAGAAGAGGAGGAUGAGGAGUUAUUCCUGCAGGAAGAGGCGAGAAGCAAUGACAGGCAGGCUGAUGAAGAUGGCCAAGGAGCUGGCAGAGAGAGAAGGAGGAAUAAUCCUACACCUCUCAGCCAACUGCUAAAGUUGGAUGAUCUGUGGACUUCGCUCAGUGACUGUUUGUGUCAACUUGACAAGACUCAAGACACUCACGCCUGUCUCGUUUUGCAGCCGGCCGUCGAGGCGUUCUUUAUAGUGCACGCCAGCAGCGCAGAGGCUGCAGUACCCAGCAAAGGAAGCGAGCAAGGCAGUAGUCAGGGCAGAAGCCAGGCCACAAGCAACCAGGGCAGUAGCCAGGCCACAAGCAGCCAGGGAGGUGCUGGCCCCUCGAGUGAGUUGGCCGCUCCGCCCCCUCUCUCGCCUCUGCCUACUGAUGGCUUAGAGAGUGAACCAUCAUCACAACCCGAAACUACCCAAUCAAAGUUCCUCAAAUUUGCCGAAACGCACCGUACAGUGCUGAAUCAGAUUCUGCGCCAGAGCAGCACGCCACUUGUGGACGGGCCUUUCUCGGUGUUGGUCAAUCAUACCCGGAUGUUGGACUUUGACGUGAAACGACGUUACUUCCGCAGUGAGCUGGAGCGUGUUGACGAGGCGGUUCGUCGCGAAGAACUCGCUUUGCACGUCAAGAGGGCAUCCAUCUUCGAGGACUCCUUCCGCGAAUUGCACCGUCGUACUCCUGAGGAAUGGAAGAACCGCUUCUACAUCGUCUUCGAAGGGGAAGAAGGGCAGGACGCCGGAGGCCUGUUGAGAGAAUGGUAUAUGAUCAUAUCGAGGGAGAUUUUCAACCCGGAUUAUGCACUUUUCACUACAUCGGAGGGCGACAAAGUGACGUACACUAUAAAUACCUCAUCGCACUACAACCCGAACCAUCUUCUCUACUUUAAAUUCGUAGGAAGGGUAAUUGCAAAAGCAAUCUAUGACAACAAACUUCUCGAGUGCUACUUUACUCGUUCCUUCUACAAGCACAUUCUGGGUAUUCCGGUCAAGUACACGGAUAUGGAGAGUGAGGAUUACACUUUCUACAAAAGUCUCGCCUACUUGAAGAAAAACCAUAUCUCUAGCAUUGGAUCUGAUUUGACAUUCAGCACAGAGGUGCAAGAAGUUGGAGUCACUGAGGUGAGGGAACUGAAACCAGAUGGACAAAACAUACCCGUCACUGAAGAGAACAAACUCGAGUACAUACAUCUCGUUUGUCAAAUGAAAAUGACUGGAGCCAUCCGCAAGCAACUGGAUGCUUUCCUCGAAGGAUUUUACGACAUCAUUCCCAACCGACUGAUAAGUAUUUUCAACGAACAGGAACUUGAAUUGCUCAUUUCCGGCCUACCCAACGUCGACAUAGAUGAUCUCAAAGCGAACACCGAAUACUACAAGUACCAGCCCAGCUCCCUCCAGAUUCAAUGGUUCUGGAGAGCCCUACGUGAAUUCAACCAAGCUGAAAGGGCAAAGUUCCUUCAGUUCGUCACCGGCACGUCGAAAGUGCCCCUGCAAGGCUUUUCAGCCCUUGAGGGUAUGAAUGGAGUCCAGAAAUUCCAGAUACACCGUGACGAGAGGUCAACCGACAGACUUCCUUCAGCUCAUACCUGUUUCAAUCAACUUGACUUGCCUGUUUAUGAGGACAGUCAGAAGCUAAGGAACAACCUUCUCAAAGCGAUUCACGAAUGCUCAGAGGGCUUCGGUUUCGCUUAAUCCACUUUUAUCGGAUUCGCUUCAUCAACUUUUAUCUUGUUAAUAUAGUUUGUGUAUUUGUUUCAUAUUUUGUAUAUCCUACUCUUUAACCAUUGAAAUAUCAUGAAACUACCUGUUGUUUAAAUAAUUUCGAGACUGAAAGACGAAUAUAUUAAAUGUGUAUAAAUAUAUAUGUAAUUAUAUAUUUUUUUUGUAAUGGAUGAAAAUAACUAGUUCUUCGAGUCUAUAGAGACGCUGUAUUCUUUUUUAUUUUGUAUCAAUAAUUUUGAAAAAUAAUGAAUAUUGUAAAAUAUCAUUUAACUCUAGAUUUUUCUAUCAAUUGAUUUCCCAAUAAAUGUCCCAUAAAUUCAAAGGUGUUCUGUAAUCAUGAUGAAAUUAUAUUGUUUCUUAGAUUCAUGUGUAAUGAUGAAAUCAAGUUAAAUCUCAUAUUGUUUUUGAUGUUAAACACUUCAUUAUUAUAUUUUUUAAUAGUUCACUUGAAACUAUAAUAAUAAUAAAUCGCUCGAUAUUAUUAUUAUUACUUGAAACUGAUAUUGUUUUAUUAUAACUUCAUUAUCACUUUUUUUAUAAUUAAAAAUGUAAAUUUUUCAGAAAAUAUAAUGAAAUUGAGUUCACGUUUCUUUUCAAACAUACUUUAAUGGGUUUAGUAUCUGAUAUUUGUAUUUUCAUAAUAUUGUAGUUCAGUUUUGUAUUCUCUCAAAUUUGAUCUGUUGAAAAGUGUGUGUUAUAAUGAAUGUUCGCUGUAAUUUCGUAACUUUAGCUGAUGAAUGUUCGCUGUAACUUUGAAUGUCAAAAGUAACUGUGGUGGCUGAUUUCUAAAUAAUUGAAAAACAGAUGCUUUUUCCAAACAUGUAAUCGAGUUCAAAUUCAAACACAUUGAUGAUUAUUAAUUGAUUUGCCAAAUAAAUUCAAUGAGUUGAA